AAAGAUAUGUUUUGGGUUUGUCAAGUCGAUGUGAAAAGAUGAAGAUAUUGAUUAUAGACCACGAGUAUUCAGCGAUUAAACCACUUGGCUUUCAACCAAUGAGUUGUACAUUCAAACCCCACUCUACCUUGACAGUUUCGGCAACCGAGUGGUGUUAUUAGAGUCCUUACACAGUGUGCCUAGAUGCUAGACUUAUAGAUAUUUACUUAACAUUGUUCACGGUAUUAUAAACUGAUUGUUCAUCCUAUCAUGUCCAGUAAUAGGAAUGUUGAUGAUGAAUGGGAAACAGAGCCAGAUUUUGUGAACGAUGUAACAGAGAAAGAACAAAGAUGGGGCUCCAAAACUGUUAUUGGUUCUGGCCAUCAAGCUUCCAUAGAUAUGGUGGCGUUAAAAGAAGAAGUGAAACAAGCAGAUCGUUUGGCAAAAUUAAAAAUUGCACCAAAACCAGCUUAUGGAUAUGGUGGCCAAUUCGGAAUUGAAAAAGAUCGAAUGGAUAAGUCAGCAGUAGAUUGGAAUCAUAUUGAAGUGACUGAAAAGCAUACAUCACAAAAAGAUUAUGCAAAAGGAUUUGGUGGUAAAUAUGGUGUUGAACGAGAUCGUCAAGAUAAAUCAUCUGUUGGUUGGGAUCAUAAAGAAGCCGUAGAAAAGCAUUCAUCACAAAAAGAUUAUUCAGUUGGAUUCGGCGGAAAAUUUGGUGUACAAACUGAUCGACAAGAUAAGUCAGCCUUGGGUUGGGAUCAUCAUGAACAAUCCAGUCAUCAUCCAUCACAAGUGGACUAUUCCAAAGGAUUUGGUGGUAAAUUCGGUCUACAGACAGAUCGAGUUGAUUCAUCAUCAGUUGGUUGGAAUGAUGUUAAUCAGACAGAAUCACAUCCAUCACAAAUGAAAGCGUCUAUUUUCAAACCAGACGGUAGUUUAAGUAAUAUACGUGCACGAUUUGAACAGGGAAUUAAUCCGAAUAAUGUAAAGGAUUCAUCUGGUUUAACUAUCGCUCAACAACGCGUUCUUGAAGAACAAACUCGAUGGAAUGCUGAACGUAAACAACAACAGCAACAACGCGAACAACAGGAAGAUGAAGAACAAUCCAGAGGAAAGUCAGGAUCAUCUGAUACAGUUAAAUCGGUAUCAAAUACUUCUGUUGUUACUGAUACUAUUAAACUAACUAACAAUAAUACCAUUCAUGAUCAUAAUUGGAAUAAACAAGUUGACUCUGAAAAUAACAUGAAAUCAUUACAUUCACAGGAAUUUACAACUUUUAUUGAAUCUAAUCAAUUUAAUAAUAAUAAAUAUAAUCAGUUAGAAGAUAAAAAUGAACCAAGAACUUCCAGUGAAAGUCAUGUACAUGAUAACCCUGUCGCCAGUGAUGAUCAGGUUCCUGAAAUGUUUACGGUAACCGCUAUGUAUGAUUAUGAAGCCGCUGAAAAUGAUGAAUUGACAUUUAAAGCUGGUGAAACAAUUACAGAGGUUGAAAAAAUCGAUGCAGGCUGGUGGAAAGGUGUUUGUCGUAAUAAAGUUGGUCUAUUCCCUGCUAACUAUGUCAAAUUAGAAUGAUUAAUGAUAAACUUAAGGAAUAAUUAGUGAAAUUCAUUAAUAAUUGAGUCUUAAUUGUCCACGAUUUCUGUUGCUGUUGUUGUUCGAAUCCAGAUAAACAAACCAUCAAAAAACACUCAAUACAUUGAAUUCAUUUUCAGCAUUAACUUUUACUAUUUUUGAUAUUUUGUGCUCAAUUUUCAGGAAUCUGUGAAGUGAAUUUUAUAUUUUACAAAACAUUUAACAUAAGUUGAUAUCAGCUGUGUGUAUGUUAGAUGUUUGGAUUGUUCUCUCUCUUUCAAUUGUCAUAGAUACAAUUCUUAUUUGAUUUAAUGGAAGAGUUUUCUUCUUUUUUUAAAGAUUUUGUUCAGUCUUUUAUGAUUUGUUUUUGUUAUUCAUAACUUGUAAUCAUGAACUUUCUAUAGUGAUUUUUAUGCAUGGAUGAUUUAACUUUUUAUGUUUUGUUUCUUUGAUUAAGCCUGUAACUUUUGCCUAGUGUUCUUUUUUUUAAAAAAUAUAUUUUGCCUACUGAUAAUAU